AUGGACAAAGGAAAGGAUCAGGUUGGUCUGGUAGGUUCUAGGGGCGAACAGGGUGCAACUUUGACGGAUCUGGGUUGGGUUCUUGCGUCACUGGCGACUGUGGGUCAAGGACCAUCGAAUGCAACGGUGUCGGACUUCUACGACGUGAGCCUCGUCAAUGGCUGCAACCUGUCGAUGAUAGUGGAAGGAAGUGGUUGGUCAGGAAUGUGCGCGUCGACGGGCUACACAGUGGAUCUGAACCAGGGCUAUCCGGCGAAGCUGAAGGUCGGAGACGGUAGCGUGUGCAAGAGUGCGUGCGAGGCAUUUGGGAGCCCGGAGUACAAUUGCAACAACGCGUACAGUACACUCGCCACCUAA